AUGGCCAAGUCUGAAAUAUCUCCAGAGCUUCCGGAAAACUUACGUUUGACGGCCGAAUACCCAAAGACGCAACUCCUGGAGCAGCACUACGGGCGGCCGAGUUUAGCGGUUGGUUUUUCUGGUUUCACUUGAUAUAGUUUGUUCAUAUUUUGAAUGUCAAGUACAAUGACGUCAUUCGAAAACGCUCUGUGGAUGGCUCACUCUCUGAUUGGUUUAUCGCGCCUUUAGGGGGCGGAGCUUUAGAAGCGACUUGACAUUCAAAAUCUGAACAGACUACAAAAUCAUUUAAUUUCAGUUAGCUACUCGGAAAACGAAUAAGAGAAAGCACAACGUUGUGAGUUGCGUUGAGCCGCUUCUCAAUGAAGAUUCCUUGAGGGUUUUCAAAAGUAAGUUUAUCUCAAAAAUCUUUGCAGAGGUGCUUAAAGGAGCAUAGCUAUAUUUAAAAAAAGGUCCCGAAGCGAAGUCUAUUGCUCCUUUAAUUACGAAAGCAAGGAUUUUCGCCAUAAAUGGGAUGAGCAUGACUGGCGACAGCUAAGCUGAACUUUAGGAAAUGAAUUUUUUAUUUUUAUAAGACCAGGCUAGAACCUUCCAGCACCCUGAGAACUAUUUUUUUACGGUUCUUGCCAAUCCCCUCCCCCCCACCCAUUCAUUCCUUUUUUUGUCAAGUCGCCCCCCUCCCCCCUCCCUUUUUCAGGUCCCACCGAGAUUUUCCCUUGUAUGAUUUUCGCACUUUUUUGCUUUUUCAGCAAUCUUCACUUUGACAUCCCUCGGCUCCUUCGUGCACCUACCUAUAAUCCAGAUCCGACCAGAGCUUUUCUCAAUAAUCCGAACGUUCGAGAAAGUAUUUCUUUUAUUUUUUUUUCAAAACACAAAAAAUUAGAGAAAACUGGUCCGAUUCGAACCGCAAGUCCCUCUGAAACUGGAUCAAUCCGAAUUGCGGGCGAUAAUAUCCCAAAUCGACUGCAUGCUUCUCUACAGGUUUUUUUUUCAGAUUUCAGUCCAAAAAUCUUUCAGAGAAACCGCCGAUUUCAUAGUCUACGCGAACUUCGAUGAAAUGUUCUAUCCCCACACGGAGAACGACUACAACAACGAGUUCAUACUCUCCUUUCUACAAGCUCCAAGUGCGACGCAGCUUUUUUACAACGUGCUACCAAUCGUUCCCACAUUCGGUUUGUACCCAAAAUCCUUAAUUUUUAAAUAUGUUCAAUAGAAAACGACAUCGACUCGAAUGCUAUCGAAGAACUAGACAAUACGAGGUUCAACUUCACGGAGCAUUCAAGGACUCUUGUGUUAAACGUCGAAAAUAUGAGAAGAUCAGAGGUUUUUUUUUUUCGGAAUUACAGCAAAAUUCUAGGUAUUGAGUUCAGAAAUCCCAAAAUACAAUCCAAAAAUCAGUUUGAAUUUCCUCUGUAUGAUGAACUUUUCAAUAAGAAGACCUAAUUUCCGUGAAAAUCCAGAAAUAUUCACACUUAAGCUUUCGAAAGUGGCGCUACAAAUGUACAAUUUGCUGAUAAUAGAAGACACGGAGCUACCGGACACUGUGAUUCGAAAAUUGAGCAUCGACUAUAAAACUCUUUCAAGAGAAGUUCAGCUACAACUCGAGAAACUCCGAAUACCGCUCCAAAAUCACGAAAAUACAGGUAUAAAAUGUCUUGAUUUACAUAUUUUGAAGAUAAUUUUAAGAAUGUCAAGUUACAAAGUGCAUGACUUCGAGAGGGAGAAACGAGAGGCUUCACAGCCCCUACGGCUACAAUUUUCAUCAAAUCGUGGACCAAAAAUUGUCUCUUGUUUUGAAAUAA